AUGACAAUAGAAUCCAUUUUGAACACUUUCACUUAUGCUGGCGCGUCAAUUUCCACAUUUUCACCAUGUUCAUCGCCAGUUUCUUUAUCGAAUGUCAUUUCUGUACCAAAUUCAUUUCCACUUAUCACUGAAACUAAUUGUCCUUCCAUUUCAAGAACACGUGCUGAUUCGACUUCAUCUAAUUCGUCAUUAAAAUCACAACACUCUUCAAGCUCUGGUGAUAACAAUAACAAUUGUUUAACUGAUGACGAAGAUUUCAAUUCACUUAAUUUUGAUAGUGAACAAGAUGCAGGUAUUUCAUUAGAGUCUGAUGAAAAGCUAGGAGAUAUUAAAAACACUUUAACUUCAAAAGAAAUAUCCGUUCUAUUAAUUGAAUUACGUUACCGUCAUUCUUUAACCAAAUCAUGUGUUCAUCAUAUUUGUCAUUUGCUGCAAUUACUAAAGGUGCCGAAUGCUCCACUUAGUUUUAGAAAUAUUGAAACGUUGAUACUUUGUGCAUAUCAAUCAUUUGUCCUUCUUGCUAUAAACCAUCAACAAGUAUUAAAAUGUGUACAAGCACGACGAAUUGCGAUUCCCAAUCGGUAUUCGUUAGAGUACCAACAGUGA